AUGAGCAGUACGGCGGUCGGAAGUGCUAAUCAGCAGCAAGGGGCCACCCCAACGGCACCCCAAGCAGGUCCUGGACAACAGCCGGAAGAUGGUGCCAUCAGCGUCAUAAAGCCCGAGCUGGACAAACGACGCAUUCAGCGGAUGUUCAGCUGGACGGCGGACUCUCCGGCCAUCACCGGCAGCGAGACGAGCGUGGCGACGAUCGACGAUGGAGGGACGAUGUGGAGCAGGCAGCAGAAUGCCGUCUCCGUGCGGCAUGCGUUCAAAUCGUACGGCACCAAGAAGAAACCAAAUCAAGUUCUAUCGAAUCUUAACAUGACAGUAGCCAAAGGAACAAUUUAUGGACUUUUAGGAGCAUCCGGUUGCGGCAAAACGACACUGCUAUCAUGCAUAGUUGGACGAAAGCGACUAAACUCAGGGGAAAUUUGGGUGCUGGGAGGAAAACCGGGAACAAAGGGAUCUGGUGUGCCUGGAGCGCGCGUAGGUUAUAUGCCACAAGAGAUAGCUUUAUAUGGGGAGUUUUCCAUCCGCGAGACGAUGAUGUACUUCGGCUGGAUCUUCGGCAUGCACACGUCGGAGAUCGCCGAGCGGUUACAGUUUCUGCUCAACUUCCUCGAUUUGCCAUCGGAGUCUCGGUUGGUCAAGAAUUUGAGCGGUGGUCAACAGCGUCGCGUGUCGUUCGCCGUUGCGCUGAUGCACGAUCCCGAGCUGCUCAUCCUCGACGAGCCAACCGUCGGUGUGGAUCCACUACUUAGGCAAAGUAUAUGGAAUCAUCUGGUACACAUCACCAAGGCUGGCCAGAAGACGGUCAUCAUCACGACGCACUACAUCGAAGAAGCCCGACAAGCACACACGAUCGGCCUGAUGCGGUCGGGACGACUGCUCGCGGAGGAGUCUCCCAGCUGUCUGCUGUCGAUGUACCGCUGCAGCAGUCUGGAGGACGUCUUCCUGAAGCUGUCACGCAAACAGGGUCAAGCUAAUGUCGCUCCUGCUGAACUGAACAUCAGCAACAACAUUUCUUUGUCGGCGCUAGCAUUCGGCAACAAGAAGGACAACCCAGUCUACGUCAGCCAGGAGAGUGGUGUCGUAGGACUUAACUUCCACCAGAGCAAGGAGGUGCUCAUCAGUGACAGUAAUGGAUCGACCAUCGCUAUUAACGGACUCAACGGAACGGCCCCUGGUGCAAUCAGUCAAGCAGUCGACUGCGACAACUGCACCGAAUGUACCGGAUGCUCGAAUUUCACCUCUAAGGGUAAAAUUCGCGCACUGUUGGUAAAGAACUUCCUGCGCAUGUGGCGAAACGUGGGCGUGAUGCUGUUCAUCUUCGCCCUACCGGUGAUGCAGGUGAUCCUGUUCUGUCUGGCAAUUGGACGCGACCCAACCAACCUGAAGAUGGCCAUCGUAAACGGUGAAAUGAACACGACCAUCGGCGCGGACUGUGUGUUUGAUCCUGGGUGUAGCUUUACGAGCCUCUCGUGUCGCUACCUGAGCCAUCUCAACGACACCAUAGUGAAGGAGUACUACAGCGAUUUGGACUCGGCGCUUGAUGCGGUACGCGACGGAAACGCCUGGGGUGCCCUGUACUUCACGGACAACUUUACGGACGCACUCGUUGCUCGAAUUGCUCUCGGACGUGAUGCGGACGAUGAAACGCUGGACCAGUCGGAGAUUCGCGUGUGGCUUGAUAUGUCCAACCAACAGAUUGGCAUCAUGCUGAACCGAGAUCUUCAGGUGGCGUAUCGUGAGUUCGCUCAGCAGCUGCUUCGAGUGUGCGACAACAAUCCCAAGCUCGGCGAUGUCCCAAUCCAGUUCAAGGCUCCAAUCUACGGUACCAACGAUCCGUCGUUCACGGACUUCGUCGCUCCGGGUGUGAUCCUAACGAUCGUAUUUUUCUUGGCGGUGGCGUUGACUUCCUCGGCGCUGAUCAUCGAACGUACCGAGGGUCUGCUGGAUCGAUCGUGGGUCGCCGGAGUGACGCCCAGCGAGAUCCUGUUCUCGCACGUUGUCACCCAGUUCGUGGUGAUGUGCGGUCAGACGGCGCUGGUGCUGAUCUUCAUGAUCGUUGUGUUCGGUGUGACGAACAACGGUGAGAUCGGUUGGAUCGUGGUGCUGACCAUUCUGCAGGGCCUGUGCGGCAUGUGCUUCGGGUUCGUCAUUUCGGCCAUCUGCGAGCUGGAGCGCAAUGCCAUCCAGCUUGCCCUGGGCUCGUUCUACCCGACGCUGCUGCUCUCGGGCGUCAUCUGGCCCAUCGAGGGUAUGCCGCUGGUUCUGCGGUACAUUUCCCUGUGCCUACCGCUGACACUGGCCACCACGUCCCUUCGCUCCAUCCUAGCACGCGGCUGGAGCAUAACGGAGCCGGACGUAUAUAUGGGCUUCGUGUCGACGAUCGCCUGGAUCGCGCUGUUCCUCGUCGUCACGAUGCUGGUGCUGAAGUUCAAGCGCGGUUAA